AUGCAAGAUAUAAGAAUGGAACAUGUAAGACCAAAUUUGCAGGCAAUACUUGGAGGAAAGUGCGUGGACACAGGAGAAUACCUCGGGCCACCUCUAACAGCUCUCGUUGACACAUUUGUCUCAGUAGCUGGUGCGAAUCAUGGCUUACAUACAUGCUUAAUGCCUGGUUUUGGUGAGCUCUGUAAUCCGGUCAAUGGAUUUACCUGUACAUCGAAAUUUCUAGAAGAUAUCAAUGCAAUACCACGAUACGAAGGACACCACAUCUUUUCGAUUUACUCUAUGCAAGAUGAAAUAAUCGGAUAUCUCAACACGUGUGGCAGCAUCGCGGCCUCAAUAAAGGGUGCCGACAAGGAAUUUGAGACAUUUGGCGGCCACAACCAAGUGAUGGUGGAUUCUGUACCUAUGCAGGCUAAACUUAUCGCCACGCAUCGAGCAGAUGGGUCGAUGAGAAAGCGAAGCUGUCCAUCUGUUCCUUACAACUUUACUGUUUAUUUAUCAUAG